ACCGAGCGCGUCACUGACCGAUCCAACUCAUUCCUGAAAAUAACAAUAAAAACAUUUGUGUCUAGUGCAAAAUAAGACUUUCAACGAAAUAUGUGGCGAAAGUAUCGCGUCGGUUUACAAAUCAAGUGUUUCUACACGCCGAAAUCCACAAUAUCAACAACAUCAAUAUAAAUUGAUGAUAAAACCGCUUAACAACUCAACUAUUAGUACCAGCGUCGCCGGUUGUCACUUGAUAUGAUAAGCAUGCAAAUCAUUCGGGUCGAGUAGCGAACUGCGAUUGUGUUCAUUUCAAUACAACUGUGAGUGCGGCGUUGAAAACAACGUGGGAUUGAAUAAUCACGGUUUAAAUGAUAACAAAUUAAAAUUUAAUAUUUUUAGUGUUUUUUAUGUGCAUUUACGUUAUAAAUAUUUUAUAGUGAAAAAUGUCGCAGUUACAAGUUAUUAAAGAUGUUGGUCCCAAGUUAAUUCCGUUUUUCAAAACGGUGGCGAUUUAUUUCGUUGUGUUUAUUCCGCAAGCAAGUCCCGGGUACAUCGCGGCUGUUCUCAAAUGUCUGCCGAUUAUUUGUCUGAUGAUUUUCGUCGUUUGGCAUGGCCAGCAAAUGGAGGAACGCUUCAAAUCAUUCUGGAAAAAAAUCCUCUGCGGAUUAUUCUUCUCCUGCAUCGGUGACUACUGUCUAAUUUGGCCCGACUACUUUAUCCUGGGAAUGGUGGCAUUCGCAGUCGGCCAUGUCAACUACAUCAUGGCGUUCGGUUUUCAACCAUUUAAUCUUCCAGCCGGCUUGUGUUCAUAUCUCGUAGCUACAAUCGGUUGUUUGUAUUUGUUGCCUGGUUGUACUGGCAUCAUGCUUCCUGGUGUGCCACUUUAUACACUCCUGUUGAGUACAAUGAUGUGGCGAGCAAUCGCGCGAUUUCCACUUAAAAAGAAUUUAUGGAGUUGGACACGUCUUUUUACUGCAGCCGGCGCGGUGUUGUUUGUUAUCUCAGACUUACUCAUCGGUCUCGGGAUGUUUAAAAAGUUAGCAAUUCCGCAUGCACAGGCUGCUAUUAUGGGAACCUACUACCUGGCUCAACUUGGCAUUGCUUUGAGUGUCGUUGACUUGAACGACAACAUUAAACAAGAGUAAAUGCAUUUAAACAUUCAGUAAACAACUUUAAACUCCUCUUCUCUCUGAACUCUUGCUGCAUUUCUGCUUUUUUCAAACUCACAGCAAUAUUUAAUUGUAUAAUUGUUUUCCUACAGCGAUAAGAACCCCAAAUAUCCUGAAAAACCACCAAAUAUUAUUUGUACCUACAAUAUUGAUGCCCCUCCUGUUGGAUGUCCUGUGUAAUAAUAAUUAUUUAAUUAAUUUUUGUGUGAGUUUGAAAAACUCAAGAAACAGCAGAGAUAAAUGUCAAAUAACGUAAAAUUAGACAAUAUUAAUGUAAAUUGUUACAAUGUAGGUUGAUACUACAUUGAUUCCUAUAAUUGCGAUCUCCGUGAGUUAACAUUUAUAAUGUUAGAUGAUGUGUAUAUCCUGAUAGUCUUCCUAACAGUUGUAUUACUGUCAAUUUAAAACCAAAACCAGAGACAUUUUGAAACUUGUUAGUCGUAAUUUUAAACAAUCAUGUUAUACUUGUAUUAUUAUAAAGGUGAAAUGUGUACAGUUAACAUUUUAGAUGAUGUAUAUUAAUAUAUUAUGUUGUUUAACUUGUUACAAUUAA